UACUCCCAUUAAGUAUAUAAAUGAUACGUUAUAAGACAAACAUGCACAACGAUAUAUUAGUGGUUUCCAUGGAUACUCUUAAAAGCUCCAUAACCAUAUCAUCCAUAAUUCUCUCACUUGUUUUUUGUGUGUUCCUAGUUCAUCUUCUGACCAGAAAACUACAUGGAAAAAAGAGAUACCAUCCAAUUGGCGGCACCAUUUUCAAUCAGCUUAUAAACUUCCAGAGGUUACACCAUUACAUGACGGAUCUUGCUGGCAAGUACAAGACUUAUAGAUUGAUUAGCCCUUUCAGGAAUAAGAUUUAUACUUCUGACCCUGCUAACGUCGAAUACAUUCUCAAAACAAACAUUGACAACUAUGGCAAGGGAUGGUAUAAUUAUAGCAUUCUAAAGGACUUGUUAGGGGAUGGGAUUUUUGCAGUUGAUGGAGAUAAAUGGCGGGAGCAGAGGAAAUUGUUGAGCCAUGAGUUCUCUACGAGGGUCUUGAGGGAUUUCAGCAGUGUGGUCUUCAGAAAAAAUGUGCCAAAGCUGGCUCAAAUAUUAUCUGAAGCUGCCAAUUCCAACAAGGCAGUUGACAUUCAAGAUCUAUUCAUGCAAUCAUCUCUAGAUUCUAUAAUCGAAGUUGCCUUCGGAACUGAGCUAGACAACACGUGCGGUUCAAAUGAAGAAGGCAAAAGAUUUAUCGAUGCAUUUGACAAUGCUAAUGCAACGACAACUUGGAGAUAUACUGAUAUCUUCUGGAAGAUUAAAAGAGCUCUCAACAUCGGAGUAGAAGCCAAGUUAAGGGACAAUAUGAGAACUGUUGAUGCAUUUGUUUAUAAGCUGAUCCACAUAAGAACUGAGCAGAUGAGUAAACCAGAAAAUCAUGUUCUAUCUAUGCAGUGGAAGAAAGAAGACAUUUUGUCAAGGUUAUUGCAAAUAACUGAUACAGAUCCCAAGUAUUUGCGCGAUAUAAUAUUGAGCAUCUUAUUAGCUGGCAAAGAUACAACAUCAACCACCCUUUCUUGGUUCAUAUAUGUGCUUUGCAAGUACCCUCAUGUACAGGAGAAAGUAGUACAAGAGAUUAAAGAAGCAACAACUGACAAAACAAAUGCAACAGACAUAACAGAAUUUGCUGCUAAUGUGAGUGAAGGAGCACUUGUAAAGAUGCAAUAUCUUCAUGCUGCAUUGACAGAGACUCUUAGGCUUUAUCCUGCAGUUCCGUUGGAUCCAAAAAUAUGUUCUUCAGAUGACACCUUACCCGAUGGAUUCAGUGUGAACAAAGGGGACAUGGUGUGUUACCUACCAUAUGCAAUGGGAAGAAUGAAAUUCAUAUGGGGUGAUGAUGCAGAAGAAUAUAAACCAGAGAGAUGGCUUGAUCGCGAUGGUUUAUUCAGGCCAGAGAACCCCUUCAAAUUUACAGCUUUCCAGGCAGGGCCGAGGAUCUGCUUGGGAAAGGAGUUUGCUUAUAGACAGAUGAAGAUAUUCUCUGCUGUGUUGUUAUCUUACUUUGUUUUCAAGUUGAGUGAUGAUAAGAAGGCUAUCAACUACAGGACAAUGAUUAAUCUUCACAUUGAUGGGGGAUUGCAUGUUCGUGUCUUUCGUAGAAAAGGCAACUAGAAAGAGUUAACAUAAAUAUGUAGUAAUAAAGUAUAUUAGUAUUGUUGAGAAUAAAUUCGUAACAGAAAUAAUAUUUGCGGUAAUAAAGGCAAUAAAUGUGGAACACAACAAUACGGUUAAUCAACGAGAAUAAAAGAGAAAUAAUGACACCAAGAUUUUACGUGGAAAGCCUCAUAAAUAAGGGAAAAACCACGACCCGA